UUUUAAAUAAUUUUAUCAAUUAUAACUAGUCUUUAAUCUGUGAAUAUUGGACUAACGAUUUGAAAGUUACGUAUAUGGCUUGCGUAGUAUUAUAUGCACAGCACAGCAGUAAAGGAGUAAGCAGACGAAUCUUGCUCACGCGAAGGGUGCCACAAGAGAGCGAAGAGUAGUUUGCUGUGAGGAAAAUGUGUGAAAUCUUACGGAGGUUACCGAAUAAUUUUGAGUUCUUGGCAUUAUGAUAUAUUUUGGUUGUUGAUUUGUAUGGAGUUUGUUUAGUUACGUUAAUAUUGAGUUCGCAACUUUAAGUUGAAAAAGCGCUUAUUUGCGGUGUGUCUCAUGCCAAGAAGCUUGCACGAAUUUUGUAUAUCAUCAGGGGGUGGGAGUUUGUUGAUGAACACUAGGAGGCUCUCAUAAUAAAAGUAGUGCUAUAGAGUUCUCGCCAUGGAGGACGCCCACUCAAAAACUGUAGAAGAAGUUGUAAAUUAUUUUAAUGUCGACUUAGACAAGGGUCUUUCACCUGACCAGGUGAAAAGAAAUCAGGAGAAGUAUGGCCCUAACGAACUGCCUGCUGAGGAGGGCAAGUCGAUAUGGCAGUUGGUUCUGGAACAGUUCGAUGAUCUGUUGGUGAAAAUCUUGUUGUUAGCAGCUAUCAUUUCCUUUGUUCUUGCCAUGUUUGAGGAGGAUGAUGCACUCACUGCCUUCGUUGAGCCAUUCGUCAUUCUGCUUAUUCUUAUUGCCAAUGCCAUUGUUGGUGUAUGGCAGGAGAGAAAUGCAGAAUCUGCCAUUGAAGCUCUAAAAGAAUAUGAACCUGAAAUGGGCAAAGUUGUCAGAGGAGAUAAAGCUGGUGUGCAGAAACUCCGUGCCAAGGAGAUUGUCCCUGGUGACAUUGUUGAAGUGUCAGUUGGUGACAAGAUCCCCGCUGACAUCCGUCUUGUUAAGAUCUUCUCCACCACUCUGAGAAUUGAUCAGUCUAUUCUGACUGGUGAAUCUGUUUCUGUCAUCAAGCACACCGACCCUGUGCCUGACCCCAGGGCUGUCAACCAGGAUAAGAAGAACAUCCUGUUCUCUGGUACCAAUGUUGCUGCUGGCAAGGCUCGUGGCAUUGUCAUUGGCACUGGCUUGGCCACUGCUAUUGGUAAGAUCCGUACUGAGAUGUCUGAGACUGAGGAAAUCAAGACUCCCCUGCAGCAGAAACUUGAUCAGUUUGGUGAGCAACUGUCCAAGGUGAUCUCCGUUAUCUGUGUGGCUGUCUGGGCUAUUAACAUUGGUCACUUCAAUGACCCUGCUCAUGGUGGCUCCUGGAUUAAGGGUGCUGUGUACUACUUCAAGAUUGCUGUGGCUCUGGCUGUGGCUGCUAUUCCUGAAGGUCUCCCUGCUGUCAUCACCACCUGUCUGGCUCUUGGCACCAGGCGUAUGGCCAAGAAGAAUGCUAUUGUGCGUUCCCUGCCAUCUGUAGAGACCCUGGGUUGCACAUCUGUUAUCUGCUCUGAUAAGACUGGUACACUCACCACCAACCAGAUGUCUGUUAGCCGCAUGUUCAUUUUUGACAAGAUUGAAGGAAACGACAGCUCUUUCAUUGAGUUUGAAAUCACUGGUUCCACCUAUGAACCCAUUGGUGAAAUCUUCACUCGUGGCCAGAAGGUUAAGAGCUCCGACUAUGAAACUCUUCAUGAGCUGGGCACCAUUUGUAUCAUGUGCAAUGACUCUGCUAUUGACUUCAAUGAAUUCAAGCAGGCUUUUGAGAAGGUUGGUGAGGCUACUGAGACUGCCUUGAUUGUCUUGGCUGAGAAAAUGAAUCCUUUCGGUGUUAGCAAGACUGGAUUGGAUCGCCGCACUGCUGCCAUUGUUGUAAGGCAAGACAUUGAGACCAAGUGGAAGAAGGAAUUCACUCUGGAAUUCUCCCGUGACCGCAAGUCCAUGUCCUCUUACUGUGUGCCUCUGAAGCCCAGCCGUCUUGGUAAUGGACCCAAGCUCUUUGUCAAGGGUGCUCCUGAGGGUGUCCUGGAACGUUGCACUCAUGCUCGCCUGGGAAGCCAGAAGGUUCCUCUUACUGCUACUCUGAAGAAUCGCAUCCUGGACUUGACCAGACAAUAUGGUACUGGCCGUGACACUCUGCGCUGCUUGGCUCUUGCUACUUCUGACAACCCUCUGAAGCCUGAGGAAAUGGAUCUGGGUGACUCUACCAAGUUCUACACCUAUGAAGUCAAUCUUACCUUUGUUGGUGUUGUUGGCAUGUUGGACCCCCCUCGCAAAGAAGUCUUUGACUCCAUUCAGAGGUGCCGUGCUGCUGGAAUUCGUGUCAUUGUCAUCACUGGUGAUAACAAGUCCACUGCUGAGGCUAUCUGCAGACGUAUUGGUGUCUUUGGUGAAGAUGAGGAUACCACUGGCAAGUCUUACUCAGGCCGUGAAUUUGAUGAUCUCCCAGCUGGUGAACAAAAAGCAGCUGUUGCUAGGGCAAGGCUGUUCUCCCGUGUGGAGCCCGCUCACAAGUCCAAGAUUGUUGAAUUCUUGCAGAGCAUGAAUGAAAUCUCAGCCAUGACUGGUGAUGGUGUCAAUGAUGCUCCUGCUCUGAAGAAGGCUGAGAUUGGUAUUGCUAUGGGAUCUGGUACUGCUGUGGCAAAGUCUGCAUCUGAGAUGGUGUUGGCUGAUGACAACUUCUCUUCCAUUGUUGCUGCUGUUGAGGAAGGCCGUGCUAUUUACAACAACAUGAAACAAUUUAUCCGUUACUUGAUUUCUUCCAACAUUGGUGAAGUCGUAAGUAUCUUCCUGACUGCCGCUCUGGGUCUUCCUGAGGCUUUGAUCCCUGUGCAACUUCUGUGGGUGAACCUUGUCACUGAUGGUCUUCCAGCUACUGCCCUGGGCUUCAAUCCACCUGAUUUGGACAUCAUGGACAAGCCACCUCGCAAGAGUGACGAGUCUCUGAUUUCUGGAUGGUUGUUCUUCCGUUACCUGGCAGUUGGUGGAUAUGUGGGUGCUGCUACUGUAGGUGCUGCUUCUUGGUGGUUCAUGUAUGGUCCUAAUGGCCCAUCUCUUUCUUAUUACCAUCUGACUCAUCAUUUGGCUUGCCUGGGUGGUGGUGAUGACUUCAAGGGUGUUGACUGCAAGAUCUUCAAUGAUCCUCACCCAAUGACAAUGGCUUUGUCUGUGCUGGUUACAAUUGAAAUGCUUAACGCCAUGAACAGCUUGUCUGAGAACCAGUCCUUGAUCUCCAUGCCUCCAUGGUCAAACAUUUGGCUGUUGUCUGCCAUGGCACUGUCUUUCACUCUUCACUUCGUCAUCCUCUAUGUUGAAAUUUUGUCUACUGUUUUCCAGGUCACACCGUUGAACGCCGAGGAAUGGAUAACUGUAAUGAAAUUCUCCAUCCCUGUUGUCCUUCUUGAUGAAACACUCAAGUUUGUCGCCAGAAAGUUUGCUGAUGGUGAGAGCCCACUUUUAACAGUGCACUGGAUUGUCCUGAUGUGGGGGGUGUUUUUUGGCUUGAUACUUAUAUCCCCCAUUUAAAGGUCAAAAUAGUGAAUUGUGUUUUUAUUUCCCCAAAUCCACAACUACGUAACUACUUUGCCCCUGGAUGUGCUUGAACGAUUUACCCUUGAACAGGCCGAGGAAAUGUAAGUCGAGUGUUGACCCACAUGUUUUUUUCUUGUGUGGAUUUUUUGGAACACACCCUGCUGCAUAGUGAUAGAUUCAGCUAAGUGAUUGUGACUGGUUGGGGCAAAGAAAACUGUGGAAAGACAUUGGGUAUGGAGUGGUAAAUUGUUUCUGAGUGUGAAAGCUCAGCUACAAAAAGUUACUGAUCAACUGAUUGCAAGAUGAGUUUGUUUUUUGCCCCCUAUGCGACUGAAAAGUACAAAAUCCCAAUGUUUUUUGUGGAUAUUUUGUACUACAGAGUUAAUGCCAUUGGGCACAUUUUGAUACAUUUAACCUCUUUACAUGAAUCCAAGUGUAAAGAAUUGGUUUUGUAAUUUGUAGAAAAGUGCCUUUUUUAAGCCUCCAGAACACCUCAUUUUUUUUUCUUUUGUCUUAAAUUUUUGUUCUGUUUGUCUUUUUGUGUUUUCAUUUGUUUUGUUUUGGAUUCACAUUUGUUUAUUUUAUUUUUAUUUUUAUUUUCUUUCCCUUCAUUUUUCUUUUUGUGAGUCGUGUACAUAUCUAACAUUGGCUAGGUCUUUCCAUUUCACAUCCUGACAAUAAUUUUGUAAUGAAGGAAGGGGGGAGCAGGGAGUGGGUAGAAGGGAUGGGGAAUGACUUUUCCGAUGGGUGGAUAAACUGUGAAGAUAAUUCAAUUACAUUUGCUGCCAGAUUUAAAAAAAAAAUUUUUUGUUGUUACUUGGGCAAAGGUGUAAUAUUUUUUAAAACAAGAUCUGAAAAUAAGUAAGCAUUGAACUGGCAGCCAGUGCAGUUGUUAGAAUAGAAGAGUAUAUAAUACAAUGGAAUUGGAUAAUUUAUUAUGACUUCAGGCAUUUCUGAUGCAUUUAAUGACUUCCGCUUAGUGUCAGUGAAGGCAUGUGCCAAAUGCAAUAACAAAUGAUUCUCAUUUUUCUCCAGUAAUGAAUUUGUUUUACUCUAUGCUUACAUAAUAAUUGAUAACAAUAUUAGUAUUAGUUUGGGUUUAUCAUAAAUGUAUAAUAUUUUUUUGUAGGUAGUUUCCAAAUUCAUUUAGUUUAAGUAUUUUCUUACAGUGAUGGUUUUUCUUAAUGUUUGCAUGUUGUAACACUCUUUUGAGGUCACUUUAAUUCACAACACAGGUGAAUCGAGAAAGGCAUCAUCUCACAAGGGCCGGAAAGAACAGAAAAAAUCUGUGCAUGACAAGAAAUCAGUGCGGGAAGGCUAAUAACAUCUGGCAUUCUUCCAUUCUGGGAAAGGAAGUCUUUUAAUUUUUAUUUAUAUUUACUUCAUUAGUCUUCAUACACAAGUCAACCUAGACUUUUAUGUUACAUCAACUUUUUAAGGGAUAUUUAGGAGUCAGUUUAUUUGUGCUACUCUCCUGCUUGAAGCCUGGCCUUUUUAAAUCCCAAACUUUCACCUGCACCUUAUGCAUGAUAACUAUCCACCAUUGCUAAUGUUCAGUCCUUUCCAUAAUUUAAUUAUGUAUUGAACUAUGAGUGAUGUGAAUUUUAAAUCCUAAAUUUCAUAAGUUAUAUAUAUAUAUAUGCAUGGUGUGUUUAUUGAAACGCAACAAUGUCAUUUUGUAAAAUAUUGGAUACCUGCUGCAUAUGGCUGCUAAUUUAUGUUAAUAUAUUAUAUGGGCAGGGUUUGUAUAAAGUUCUGGAAUUCAGUUGAUAGAGGAGGCUCUUACGAUUUGAGUGUCUGGACAAGUUCUGUACUUCCACAACUGCUGUGCAGUAUAGGAAAAUUAAUUAAAGAAGUGCAGUUAGAGUUGUUAAUGUGAUUUACAGUUAAAUAAGGCAGUGGGUGGUAACCUGUGAGUAUGUGAAAAAUGCUUGUAAGUACUUGUUUUGUGUGAAUUUGUGUGUGCGUUUGUAUGUGUGUGUAUUUUACAGACACGAGUCCUUUUUAAAGGCACUUAUCAGUUUAACAAAUACAAAGAGUAUUAUAAUGUGAUUUUGUUCAGGUAUCCCCAAUAGAGGAAUUUUAAUGAAACGAAGUGUUCAAAAUUAUUUCUUUAUUCGUUAAAAAACUAUAUUGAUUUGCAAAACUCACCUCUUUUCCACGCAUUUCACUGCUAGUGUUUAUUUCUUUUGAUUUUAUUUAAAUUAUAAAUGUCUUACAAUUCUGGAAAAACAGCUUCAUUUUCAUGGAAAACUAGUGAUCUUUAAAACCUCAAUUACAAUGUACAUAGUUAUGUAAAUGUGGAAAUUGUUACAAAAGAACAUGAAACCAAUAAAACAUCUUAAUGUUUUAAUUUAGAUACCUGUAGAUGUGAUUACAGAACAAACCUAUGUAUAAAAACAAGAUUUCUGGAAAAUAAGUCUUAACAUUUGAAUACCAGUGAUGUGUUUAGCAACAUUAAAUUUUUGCAUCAUGUUAUUUUGUUUUCCCUUUGCAUACUUUGCAUGUGUAAAUCUUUUGAAUCCUUAACCAAAUUGUUGAGAACUGAAAGAAGAAGAAAAAGGAAAAAGUCAUUAUUUUACCUAACACAUUUGAAAGAAAAUGAGCUGGACUCAUUGUAAUUAACAUUAUUCUUUUAUAUUUACUUUCAAGUAUUCAUAACUUUACUGAAUGAAUUUUUCUUUCAUUUGUGUUAAGCCUAAGUAUUACAGUUUGUUUGCUUUUGUAAUGAAGUUUGAAUAUUAUAUAUGGGUGUUUCUACAACUGCACCUAAAUGAGAUGUCUCUGAGUGGUGUAUACCGUUGUGUAUGUUAUAUGCAUGUGUGAUUUACAACAGGUACACAAGACAAUGUUGUAAAUCAUGAAGCUCAUUCACACCAGAUUGCAACCAGAAAUAUCACAUUAAAUAAACAAUUUACCUGAUUUUUCUGAUGAUUUAAUGUAUUAUGAUUUAGUAAAUGACAAGUUAAUCAAUGAACUCUGUUGUAAUCACUUUGUAAGAACUACCUAAGAAAUAAUGGUGGAAGAGAUUAAAAGUUCAAAGAAAAUUCUUGAGGAAUUGAUUAUAGGGUUAUAAAGAUAAAUAUGAAUCUAUGAGAAGUGAAAAUGUAGAUUAUCUACUUUUCACCAUUAUUUCAUCACACAUUUCUCAUAUUGCUCAGGUUGUAGGUGUUCAAAGCAUACAAAAUUUUAUAUUUUUGUAAAUUUGGCUGUUUUGAAGCUCAGAACUACUGCUAGACCACAUAUCAGAGGCGUGAACUUUGUUCUCUCUGUGCAACAAUUUCAUACUUUUCAUUCACAAAACUGAUGCCUUUUUAUUUUACAAACUUUGUGGACUUCUAAAAGAAAAAUGUCAUGUCUCCAAAAGUAAAUAAUUGAUAGAUAAUUACUGAAUACUUUACCAUGCAUGUGGUUUCUCCGAGUGUUAUUUUGAAGCUUGCUUUGUUUACAUGAUCUUCCAUUUUCUAGAAUGCAUUAUUCUGCACCAUUCACAGCUUUCUCUCCUUGAGCUUUUUAUUGAAGUUAUUACAUACCCUAGAAAGAUGACCUCUCCAGCUAAGGUAAGUAGGUUUUUUUUUUUUUUUUUUGAGGAGGGAAAAUAUUUGCCAGGCCCAUCAAUUUGUGAUCUUUCAAUAUAAUAGAAGCAGAAAUUGCAUAAAGUUUAAUUACUCAAGAAAUUUGAAAGUAACAAUCUGGCUUAGUAGCUUUUGAAACCCCAGCAUGUUUCCAUAGAACAUAGUGAGUGAGUUUGUAUUGCCGUUGUGAAACAAACUUGAAGAUGUGGUAAAGAGAAUCAUCUUCCAGAUGGUCUUCCAUGUGUAAGUGAUUUUAAUUUCUUUUAAAAUUACACUGAUAUUUCAAUUUUAAAAUGACUUAUUUGUAGCAUUUUUUCAUUUUCAGGUGCAGAGGAGGUAUUUAUUUUGAAAUGUACACUUGUUAAUUGUAUUUAUAAUCACCCUAGAUGUAUUUUGUAGUUCAGUUGUUUUCAAGUGCCCCCCAAUCCCCCACCAUAUGACAUAGUAGUAAAUUAGCAUUGCAUUUUUUUCAUUUUGAAAUUUUCCUUGAAUGGCCCCAUUUUAAGUUUCCAUUUAUUAACAUGUCAAAAAGAAGUUAUCAAAUUCAAGCCCCUGGAAUGGAAUUGUACUUGGCUACAAAUUUUCCCUGCACAUAGAGAAGAACAUCUCCACUAAUAUAUACUUAUUUUUUCACACUAUUCAGUGAUUGGUUAACUAUUGGAGUGUCCCUUCUCCCUUCAUCACCCAGUGUCUACCUGGAAUGCUGUGUGAGUAUUUCCACCCUCCAUGCAGUGAGUUCAUAGUAGUGGAACUGAAUGUUCCUUUACAUUUUACUGCAAGAUUUCUAAAUGUAUGAGUAUGCUACGCAAAAAUAGCUAAAUAAAAUAGAAAAAAAAUUAACAAAUUUGUAUAUUUAUACAUGAUUAUUAAAGUAGUUGACGCCUUUGCCUUUAUACAAUACUUAUAUAUUCUCUUCAAAAUGCAAAGCAAUUUUUGUGUUCAAAAUGGCUGCUAUUAGUAUGAUAUUUCAAGGAGAAAUACUGCUUUCUAGAGAGUCAAACUUUCAGACACUUCUGCUGGAUGAUUCAAUAUAAUUGUUGAGAUAUUUCACAUACACCUUGAAUAAAUUGACUCGCAUGUUGUUGAUUAAUUUGUUUUAACUUAUCCUUUCCUUUUCAUAGUCCAGAGUGUACUAAAAUUUUUAAGUCUGUUGGAAAGACAAAAAUGUUUGCAUUCCAAACUAAAGUCCAUUCCAGUCAUGCUUAACUUUAUUAAAUGUUAGUAUAGACUGCUUUGCAGUGCUAACUUGUAUAUAUUUGCUGCUUCAUUUCAGAAAGCCCUGUGCUGCAAGUUUGAAUAAAUAAUGACAUGUGCAAUCUUCUUUUCCACAGUGGCACCAGAAGUGACUACUAGCAAGUGGUGAGGGAUUUGUUGUGAACAGUGCCAUGGAGAUAACAAGAAAUAUGAAGAGUUACAGUCAAAACUGCGUACUUCACAUCCCAAAAAAAAACUGGCAUUGUUGAUUCCAAAUGUUGUUCCCAUUUAUAGAUGCCACUACCUUUUUCUCUUCUAUUAGUAUUCAUUUCUUUUAGUUCCACCUUCCUUGCUGUAGAGUUUCUGUUAAUACAAGAUAAUUUCGCAGUAGAUGUAUAUUAAUUUUGCUUUUCAGCAAUUCUGGUAGGGAAUGGCAAGCUGCAGUAGCAUGUUCGUAAAGCCUCUGCUUAACAGUGCAUGAUAAAUUUCUCUUGCUUUCAGUGGUUCUCUGAACUAAAAGAUACAUUAAAGUGUACAUAUGCUUUUGCAUAUUAAAAAAACAGCUAGACAUACUGCAUUGCAAUCAUGUUGUGUUGGAAUUCAUUCCAAAGAUUAUAUAAGUGUCUUUUGGCGACUGGGGACCAUUGGCAUAACAGUUCACAUUAUUCAUUUGCAGCAUCAGCAUCAUGUAGUUGUGUACUUCAUUUUUUGUUAGUUGAAGCUUUAUUAAUAUGGCAUUAAUAGCUUGGCAAAGUCACAGGAAUUACAAUUAGAGCUAAAUAUUAACUAUAAUAUGUAUUUUGUUCUAGUUGGUGAGGCUGUUGUUGACAAGUGGUAAAGUAUUUGCAGCUCAUUCAACAGCAAAACAAAAAGCUUAUGAGGAAAGCGCUUCUACUAAUCAAUGGCAAUGAUGAUAAGCGCACAAGUGCAAAACUAAAGCAAAAUCUCAACUGGAAAUUCAUCACAUCUAACCAUAUUGAGAUACUACAUUUCAUUGCUUACUUGCCAUUUCUGUGCUAACAAAAAAUGUAUUUUCUUUCCACCAUAAAUGCGUUACCGUGCCAGUGACUAACAUAGUUUCCUUUAUCCAUUAUUAAAUUAUGGGGACAACACUAACUGUGUAGAUACAGACAGUAACAUCUCAUUUCUGUUGUCUUCACAUGCCUAACCAUUAUUUACACCCAUCCUUGUGUAUUGCCUAUUGAUCUGUUUGAUGAAAGGCUGUUUCUCAUUAGCUUCUGGGCUGGAAUAUAGCAAAGAUUGCUGUUGGAAGUAGUCUAGCAUCAAGCAGUUCUCAUAGCCUUACCAACACAUUUAUGGUUUUUUUGACUAUUUUUAAACACAGCACUUUUAACUGUGAAGAACAUGUUAUGUACAACAACAAGCUCCAUUGUCUUCCUUCCAACAUAUGAGGCAUAAUCUGGACUUAACCCAGGACUUCUUCUGAAGUCUGGGAUGGUGUGAGAGUGAAUCCUCAGCAUUUCUUUUUUAAAGAAAGGCUGUACCAGUGUAACAUGUGGUAGAACAAAAUCUACAUAGUAAACAAAUCAUGUACAUAUAUAAAUAGUAAUAUAUUUUGAAACUAGUGCAUUGUUAAUGUUAUCAAUGUGGGGUUUAUGAACUUAGGGCAAGAAUCAGUUAAAGGACAACUGUGAGAUAUCUCUAUUGAGAUUGUCUUCUUCAGGAAUCGUGUGUUUUUGUGCAACUCAGGUUUAAAUAAGUCAAAAAUCUGUAAACAAGUGAUGGAAAAGCCAAAUAAGUUGGAUAAGGAGGUGGAUUCUGUUGGAGACCAGUUCUUUAAAAUACCAUUUAUUUAGUAUAACUACAAGGGUAUUGCUAGUUCCUGUCCUAAUGUUCAUAAUCUGCUCUACAAUGACAUAAACAGUGUUGGCACUCUUGUCUGCUGGGCGAAGUCUGUUAAUUAUUCAAAUAAACUCUUAAUCCCCUAUUGUUAUGUGCAGAGAAUGUGACUUGAGAGUUAAGUUUUGUACAAGAAAAUCCAAGGAAAUGUUAGUAAUAAAGCCUUGUAUUGGGUGAA